GACCUACGAACGCAAAGAAAUGUAACUUUUCGCAUUUGCUGAGAAUACGAACAACUUGGAGGGGUUCCAGUUAGCCCGCGGUUCAGAUCUCAUCCUCUCUGGAGCCGCGGAGCGAGGGAGGAAGUGGCUCCGGAUGGAAAGUAAAGUGACAAUCGCAGAAGGGAAGGCAGCCUUUCCUCCCCGGGCAGCAGAGGCGGCCCAGCGGGCAGAGGGGACCUGCAGAGGGCGGUUUCUCUCCUCUUUCCUGUCCCACCCAGUCGGCCUGUCCGCCUCCCCCACUCCGGCUGGCUUUGCAGCUAACUCUGCGCGUCUCUCCGCGGCUUCCUCCAGCUCGGGUCGGUCCCCCUGGGUCGGUCCCUCUGGCUCGGCCUCUCCAGGCCUCCGCGAAAUCUCCGGGGUUCCCGCCCGGGUCGAGUUCAAAAGGACGCGCGGAGUGGCGCCGGCCCUUCCCCGGCAGCCCGUCCAACUGGAAAGAUCUGCCGCUUCCUCGAGGUCUUCAACCACUGGCAGCAAUGGCCAGCCUCCUGACCACACCUUCUCCAGGAGAAGAACUGAUGACCACCCCAAUUCUGCAGGCCACGGAGGCCCUGUCUCCAGAAGCUGGAGCCAGCACAGCACUCAUUGCAGUUGUUAUCACCGUGGUCUUCCUCACCCUGCUCUCAGUUGUGAUCUUGAUCUUCUUUUACCUGUACAAGAACAAAGGCAGCUACGUCACCUAUGAAUCUGCAGAAGGCGAGCCCAGUGCCAUCCUCCAGAUGGAGAAUGAUUCAGCCAAGGGCAGAGAGAAGGAGGAAUUUUUCAUCUGAUGAUUCCUGGGCCCAAAGGAGCUUCUUCCUGGCUCCACUGCUAACACAUUGACUGUUUAAUUUAUUAGGUGAAAGUUUUUUCUGAAGCCAGUGAGACACAGUGAUUGAUGUAGGCAAUGCCACACUCCUUCCAGGACACAGUCCCAAAUGCCAGCAUCACUGACUCCAGGGACCAGGGACAUGGAAAAAAGCUGCUUAUGAUGUCUUUAAACAGGCCUUCAUAAUAGAGCUGUUGUUUGUAAAUGGCCAACAAGGCGGGGCUCUACCAGGGGACAUUUGAGUAUGUGCCCAGUCAUCUUAACUUUUUUCACAAAGGGAUAGAAAAGAGAGUUAGGGUCACUGGCUGCUCCACUCUGUCCUCUACCUGGUCACCUAGUGAUAGCCUAAGUGGAGACACUGUCCAGAGUUCAUCCCAGAUGCUGGAUGCCAUAUUAAAAGGCCAGGCCAGGAGGGUAGACUAUGGAGAUGUUACCUCCUGAUAAGUGUGCUACAACCCUCAAUCUGAGCCCUUCCUUUCCAUAGUUCCCAACAACCUUAUACUUAUGUGAUUUUUAUCCACAUUAAAAUUUUUCACUGAUGCAAAAAUCAGAUUGUCAUGUGCGAGAACUACCUUUAUCCUUGCUUAAACUUUUUUUUUUUUCAUUUUCUUUUGCCCGUUUAACACCUUUGCACAUGUUCUCUUCCAAGCCAUAAGAAUCCUAGGGAAGUUCCAGAAGUUCCCAGAACUAUCUCAGAGAUUUGAGGUAAAGAUGGUCCAGGGAAGCUUGUACCAGAGGAGCAUCAUCAGAAACAUACCCUGGGAGAUGAGUUGGUGUAGCCUUCAUCCUGGCAAGGGCCAGAACUUCCCAGAACCCAUUCCAUAUAUACACAGAAGGAACCAGGAAAAUCUACCUACCACCUUUCCCAAAUGUCCUCAGAAUCAAGCCAAGAAGUUUCCUGGAUUUAACAUAGUCUCAAAAUGAGAUGUUUAGAAGGUACCAUGUUUGGUAUAAUUCAUUAACCUCUCAGAUAUACAUAUAUUUGUUUUCGAGUCAGUUUCACUCUGUUGCUGGGACUAGAGUGCCAUGGUGUCAGCC